AUGGUAGAGUGCAGGAGGGUGGAGCCAAGGAGGCUCAUCAUUCCUGUAUUCUUCGGUGUCGAUCCUUCCCAUGUUGGGAAUUUGAAAGGUCCUUUAAAGCGAAAAUUUGAGAGCCAUGAGAACAAUGAGGAGCUAAAGCAAAAGGUGAGACAAUGGAAGAAUGCUUUGAGUGAGGGUGGAAAGAUAUCGGGGUUCAACCUAAAGGAUGCAAAUGGGCACGACGAAGGAGAUCUUAUAAUGUGCAUUUUGGAAAUGAUUAAGGAAGUGAUCCCUAAAUACCUGUUCACGUGCGACAAUCCUACAUAUCUUAAUUCUCGCGUGAAUGAGGUGAUCAAACGGUUGGAUAGGAAAGUUAGAAUGGUUGGGAUAUGUGGCAUCGAGAAGACAACCCUUGCCAAAGCAGUCUACAACAGAUUAUUAAAGCAGCACAAUGUCAGUGAGAACUGUUCCAGUUUCGAGAACUGUUCCAGCUUCGAGAACUGCAGCUUCCUUUCAAAUGUCCGCGAAGUAUCAAAGCAGCAGAAUGGAAAUGGAAUCGUUGUCUUGCAGAAACAGCUGCUUGAUGCUUGGAAGAGAAGCAGCCGGUCCGGUUGGUUCAGUGAAGAAAGCAUAAUCAUUGUCACUUCUAGAGAUGAAGACAUCUUUAAGGGACAACAAAAGGUCGUAUAUGAGGUUCUGAAAUUGGAUCGUGCCCAAUCGCUUAAACUUUUCAGUCAGCAUGAGUUUGCACAACCCGAACCAAAAUCAGAUUGGAGUGACUUGUUGGAGGAAGCUGUGGCAAUUGCUGGUGGGAUACCUCUAUGCCUCCAAGUAUUUGGGAGCCUCUUCUCUGAAUUUAAAACAAUUGAAGAAUGGAAGUCGAAUCUGGAGCAACUAAAACGGGAUCAACAUAAAGACGUCCAUGAGAGGUUAAAAAUAAGUUAUGACAGCCUUGGUUAG